AUGAAAAAAUUCUCGUUGGACCUCUUAUUUGUUCGGCGAUUUAUCACAUUAUUGAAAAUCUUAUUUCCAUUUGAUCGACAUCGAUUAGUGGUUCCAACGUCGAUUCAUUUCGCGCUUUUUGUUGCUAUUGUUUCGGCUGCAGAUCAAGUUGCAACAUAUUUCGUUGGUAUAUUACCGAGUGAAUUUUACGUCGCAUUGGGUAAUCGUGAUUUUUCAACUUUUCGAUUACUUGCUGCUAAAGCGACAGUCAUUAUUUUGGGCAAAGCACUCGCGUUAUCUGCAAUAAAAUAUUCAACAUCGCAAUUAUUUUUAAAAUUUCGUGAAAUUUUUGGCUAUACUUUGCAUCGAUUGUAUUUUAAACGCCAUGCCUAUUAUCGUCUCAAUGUUUUGGGCGAAAAUGUGGAUAAUCCGGAUCAGCGAAUGACUCAAGAUGUCGAAAAAACUACUAGGAUUUUGGCUCAAGAUCUUUUUGUUCCCAUUUUCAUAUCACCAUUUAUUAUCGUAUAUUAUACAUAUUUAACUUACGGAAGUUCUGGUUGGCUUGGACCGUUAGCCAUUUAUGCGUAUUUUAUGAUAGCAACAGUAAUCAACAAAUUGUUAUUGUCACCGAUUGUUGCUCUCGUAAAUGAACAAGAAAAGAAGGAAGGUGAAUUCAGAUUGAGACAUGUAGAGGUUCGAACUAAUGCUGAAUCAAUAGCUUUUUAUCAAUCGGGGCUAAUUGAAAAUGUAAUGAUGAACAAAAAACUUAAUUCUUUAAUUAAUGUGCAGAAAAGGCUUGUUGAAUGGCGUUUCGCUUUAUGUUUGGCAACUAGUGCUUUUGACUAUUUUGGUGGCACAUUGAGUUAUUUAAUUAUUGCGAUUCCAAUAUUUUUAACUAAUGAUUAUGAGGGGCUUUCUGGUUCCGAAUUAUCAGGCGUUGUUAGCCGUAAUGCAUUUUUUUACUUGUAUCUUAUCUAUAGUUUCACUAGAUUAAUAUCUUUAUCGGAAACCAUUGGUGAUUUGGCUGGUGUUACGCACAGGCUAUCAUCUUUUAGAGUUAUUGGAUUGUAUGAAGAGCUCAUGCGUUUGCACAUAGACCGACUUGAAACAGACCGACCUCCAUCAACAGUUCCUUCAUCUAUUGUUGUGAUGGCCACUGAAGACAGUGAAAAGAGUGAUGUGCCUCAGAGACGGGUCGAGGAACUCCAUGGAAAACAGUGUCGCCUUCUUGAUAUAGAUUCAGAUGAUGAAGAGGCAGAAUAUCUCUUAGAAAGAUCUGAUGGUAAUCGAAUCAGAGAUGAUCCUGAAUGGCUUGAUGAUGGUAUUUCAAUGACUCUUGAUUCUGUUACAAUAGUUUUACCAAGUGAUGUAACAUCUCCACUUGUUUCUAAUUUGUCGAUGCAGAUAAUCCAAGGCAAAAAUAUGCUAAUAACAGGUGAUAGUAGCUCCGGAAAGACGUCAAUAUUAAGAGUUUUGGCUGGUCUUUGGAACUGUGUUGCCGGCAAGAUAGAAAGGCAUUGGAAAUCUCGGCCAUCAACACUGUUAUUCUUACCACAGAAACCGUAUUUUCCAAGCGGUGGUUGUACUCUUCGUCAGCAGCUUGUAUAUCCACUAAAAGCAUUGCCUUUAGAAAAAGGUUUAGAAAUGAAUCGCUUGACACAAAUUCUCGAAAUGAUAAAAAUGGAACAACUUUUGCAGCGAUGCAAUGGAUUUGAUACUCCAACAGAUUGGGAUUGGUCCGAAGUACUGUCUCCAGGUGAGCUGCAACGUCUCUCAAUAGGUCGAUUGCUAUAUCAUCGGCCGCGUAUAGCGUUUCUAGAUGAAGCAACAAGUGCCAUCGGCUUCGAGGCGGAAAUGGCUCUCUAUCAUUUACUUCAAGAGGAAAAUAUAUCCUAUGUCUCAGUCGGGCAUCGCUAUUCGCUUAGACAGUUUCAUGAUGUUGAACUGCAUUUGAAUGGUCAUGGUGAAUGGUGUAUUUCAGAUAUUGAUAAUGCUUCUUUGGAAAAUCGAGCUGCUAAUCUUGUCUGUGGUCAGACUGUGCUUGCAUUAUGA